UUUUUUUCUUGAUAAUAACCGAACAAUAUUAUCACCACACAUAUUUUAUUAUUUACUCGUUGUUAUUAUGGUUCGCCGUUGAAUUCCCGUACAAAUAUUUGCCCUACAGAUUAAUCGUUCCAUUUUAAGUGUUGGACAAUGUGCGUCACAAAGUUAACCAGUCUUGCUAGCCAUGCUCCAUUAUGUCUUCGAUGAUUACGAUUACUGAUUAUGCAAUCGACGUUAUUCACGCGAUGCAUGAACAUUGUUUUCAUUAUUCCCGAAUCGAUCUGUAGUGUUGAUAUUUGAGCAACGAUGUCGAUGUUCGAGAAUUCCUCAAAUCUUAAGAACAAGGUUGAUGACACACAUCCUUUAAAAUGUACAAUUUUGAAUACUCGCAAUACCAACGGAUACACGGAAUAUGUAAUAGAAGUUACUCGGAUAGGAGCUGAGAAUUGCACUUGGAAAAUAUUCAAGCGGUAUAGUGAUUUUGUCAAAUUGCAAAAUAUGUUGCAUAAAUUGUCAUCAAAAAUUAAUUUAGAUUUGCCCCCAAAAAAAUACAUUGGCAAUAUGGAUAGAAAAUUAAUAAUGCAACGACAAAAUACUUUACAAAGUUCUUUAAACAACAUGGUUGAGAAUAUAUUGUUAGCCAAUUCUUUACUAGUCAGAAGCUUCUUGGAUCCAGAAUCCUAUAGUGAAUACUGUAAAGAAUCAUUAUUCCAAAAAGUUGGCAUGGUACUAAGAGGUAAUCGAGAAUUUGAAUUAUCCAAAGAAUUACCAAAUAUUGGUUGGCGUUUAAGAAGAAAAUCUUUUUUAUCUAAAUGGAAAAAGGAUCCAAAGCAAGAACUUUUAUUAUCAUGGACUGAAUGUGGUCCUGAUCUUUCACUUAAAUCACUUGACUUAGUUACAGUACUAAAAUCAAUUUCUAGCAUUAGACAUCCACUUAUAGAUGUUCCUGUGAUACUUCCAAGUCCUGAAGGAUAUACAUUAUCAAUUCAUAAUAUUCAAGUUGGAAGUCUAAGAGAUCUACUUUAUCAAACAACUCCUUUACAACCAUUCUUAAAAAAAUAUUGGGAUACUUCUUCUCAUGUUUAUUUACCUGACCAAACUAUGGUGUCAUUUAUUAAACAAAUUUUAUAUGGACUUAAAUUUUUACAUGAUAAUCAUAUUCCUUAUGGUCAUUUACAUUCUGGGAAUGUGUUAGUUUGUGAUAUUGAGAAUAUUAAAUUGACUGGAAUUGAAAAUAGUACAUUAGGAUUACCUCCAUUUUUCCGUUCUUUUUUGGUGCAACUUGGAAAAAAACGUAUACAAAGUUUAAAUGAUGCUGAUAUUUAUGGAUUUGGUCAUAUUUUAUAUGAAUUAACUGAAAAUGAACCUUUAUUGAGGCCUUACUGUGAACAUUUUUCACAAAAAACUUCAUUAACUUUAAUUAAACAAAUGAAAACUAUACUUGCACCUUCUUCAUCAAAGUUAUUAAUGCCAAAUGUGAAUACAAUAUUAACAAAUUUUAAACAUGCACGAAUGGUUGAAGACCAAAAGGACCCAUCCUAUUUUAAGUACAAAAUACCGGCUUUAGUAAAAGAACAUUUUAUUCUAAUUGCUGAAAAAUGCAUGGCUAGAAUAUUUGAAGAUCAAAAAAGAAAUGCAUUAGAAAAACGCCAUAAAAAAAUUUAUAAAAUUAUUCAUGAUUCUGAAAAUUGUCCUGAAGUAAUACAAUCUAAAAGUUUUGAAUUUCAUACAAUUAAAAAUAGCAGUUCACUUGACAAUAGUAAUAGAUCACAUAGUUCGAGUAGUAACAGUACAUUGACUUCGAAUGGUUCUGAUACACCGACCAAUAGUAUUGUUGGAAACUCAUCAUCUUUAAUAGCUACUCCACCACCGCCACCACCACUUCCUCCAUCAACUAUUCCUGUUAUUUCACCACAUUUAAUUCAACCAGAUAAUCAGAGAAUGGCUCUGUUAUCAUCAAUUAAUUUAUUUGAUCCCAACAAAUUGAAAAAAAUUGCAAAACAAUAACAAUGUAUAAUACUAUAAAU